AAAUCUAAUCACAAUCAUUCUGAUAAAAUCCCGACUCCUGUUACCAAGUCUCACUCCACUCCACCACAAUGUACAGUUUACUUGUGCUUUUGAGUACCACCUUAGUACUCACACACUCGCAAAAUUGUGGUUACAACUCUUGCCCACAAUGGGACCCUAACGCCCUCAACGUCCACCUAGUACCCCACUCACACGACGACCUCGGUUGGCUCAAAACCGUCGACAAGUACUACUUCCAAGACGUCCAAAACGUGAUCGGUUCAGUAAUCGGUGCUUUGAAGCAAAACCCAGAUCGUAAAUUCAUACAAGUUGAAACCGCCUUUUUCAAAAAAUGGUGGGACCACCAAAACGAUUUAGUCAAACGGGAUGUAAUCAAACUGGUCAAUAACGGACAACUUGAGAUAAGCAAUGGUGGUUGGAGCAUGAAUGAUGAAGCUACAGUUAACUACCAGUCGACAAUUGACCAGUAUACCCUUGGUCUAAGGUAUUUAGAAGAUACUUUAGGCCCUUGUGCAAGACCUAAAUCGGCCUGGGCCAUUGAUACGUUCGGUCAUAGUAGAGAACAAGCCUCCAUUGUGGCACAAUUGGGUUUUGAUAGCACUUUCUUCAUGAGAUUGGAUUACAGAGACCGGGAGAAGAGACUCAAGGAGAAAACGGCCGAUUUUUUGUGGCAGGGAAGCCAGAAUUUGAACAAUUCCAACAUUUUCACGUCAGUUUUCUACAGAGGAACGUACAGUUACCCUGAUGGUUUUUGCUUCGAUAUAGUUUGUAACGACGAACCUAUUAUAGAUGAUGCCAAUAGUCCUGAUUACAACUACGAGAAAAAAGUGGACGAUUUUGCCGAUUUUGUAAGGGGACAGGCUGAUAAGUACCCCACUAACAACAUUUUUGUGGCAAUGGGGGACGAUGUGCGCUACCCAGCCGCCUGGACAAAUUUUCUCAACAUUGAUAGACUCAUCAAAGGUUUUGAGCUUUUCCCCCGAAAUUACACCAACAAACCGAUCAAACUACUCUACUCCAGUCCAGCGUGUUACACCAAAGCGGUCAACGACUACGUUACGGCAAAUAAUUACAAAUUGGACGUCAAAACUGAUGAUUUUCUUCCAUACGCCACUGAUGGUUACGGCUACUGGAGCGGUUUUUACGUCUCUAGACCAGCAACCAAGCGAUUUGAGCGAAUUGGUAAUAACUUUCUUCAAAUUGCCAAACAAAUAGCAGCUGUCAGUAACCAACCGUACGAAAAUAAAAUCACACCACUGAAAGAGGCAAUGGGUGUGAUACAGCACCAUGACGCUAUCACUGGUACUGAAAAACAGGACGUCCUGAAAGACUACCAUCGGAUGCUUUAUUCGGCCAUUGAGGAAGCGAACGAGCUUGUGGACCCACUUUUGUCUACCAUAAUAAGUGGUACCGAUGAUCAUUUUCAAUUCAAAACUUGUCUGAUGUCUAACAUAAGUUCGUGUAGUCCCUCGCGCUCAAAUAAAUUUACUGUGGCCGUUUACAACCCCUUAAGUCGGGUCGUUUCAAGCCCAGUUGAAAUACCAGUGAGCGCCAAAGCUUGGUCAAUUGUAGACCCUGAUGGAAACGAAGUUGAAAAUCAAGUCGAAUCAACAAUCAUCGACUUCAAUUACGUCAACAACGUGCCAACUUCGCCCUACACUUGUUAUUUCAUUGCGAAAGACUUGCCCCCUUUGGGUUACAAAAUUUUCACUUUUACUAAAGUGGAAUCAAGACGAAGCGAGCUAACUUUUGGUAGCAGUAACACUAGUUUUGAAAUUGACGAAGAUUCAGGUCUUAUUAAGUCAAUUACCAUGAAUGGGGUCACAAUGGACGUGUCUCAAGACCUCUACUACUACAAAAGUGGCAGUUAUUCGGGUGCUUACAUUUUUGUUCCUUUGGUUAACAAAAAAUUUCGAGUGGCCGAAGGUAAAGUCAAAACAACACCCAUUUCAGGGAGUGUGUACCAAGGGGUGGUGCAAGAGUUUGCCCCAUGGGCUAAACAAAUCGUCAAGGUCUACCAUGGGGAUGAUAGUCAUAUUGAGAUUGAAUGGAUUGUUGGACCAAUUGAUUUAGUUUCGAAAAAUGUUGGCAAAGAAGUAGUUUCCGUUUUUACAACAUCUCUCAAAACUGAAGGUAAUUUUUACACGGACUCCAACGGACGAGAAAUGUUGAAACGUACCAGAAACUACCGACCAACUUUUGAUUACACCAACGAAGAGCCGAUUGCUGGCAAUUACCACCCGAUCACGUCACGAAUUGUCCUCAAAGACGAGGAAAAGGCACUAGAACUUGCAGUAUUGAAUGACAGGGCUCAAGGUGGUACCAGCCUCAAAGAUGGACAAGUUGAGAUUAUGAUCCAGAGAAAUUGUCCACAUAACGAUUUUGGCAGAGUUGGUGAUAGUAUCAACGACCAAGAAUACGGACAAGGAGUGAUAACCAGAGGGAGACAUUAUAUAGUUUUAGGCCCAACUUCUGGGAACGGAGUGAAAAGUUUGGCAGCAAUUCAAAGAGACGUAGCCCAAAGAAAAUUAUUACCACCAUGGGCGUUCGUCACAAACCAAGAAGUGUCCCAACGUCUCAAGAACACACAAUUUAGCAGUCUUAAGGUACCACUCAGUGAAAAUGUGCAAAUUUUGACUUUGGAACCGUGGAACAAUAGUACGAUUCUUCUGCGUUUGGAACACAUUUUAGAGAGAAAUGAAGACGAGAAUCUAUCGCAGGAAGUGACCGUGGAUUUAUCGGAUUUGUUUACUACGUUCACGAUCACAAAACUGGUUGAAAUGACUUUGGGGGGCAACAUUCCGUUGGAAGAAAGUGUUAGAUUAAAAUGGCCAGGUCUGGAAAACGUCCAAUCGAAGAAACUAGACGGUUUUAAAGUGACUCUAGCACCGAUGCAAAUUCGCACAUUUGUAGCCACUGUUGUUUAUUAAAUUAUCUAACUUUUGUUUGCAAAUAAAGAUAAGAUUCUAAAA